GUAGAACGAUCAGACAAAAGUCGAAGAACAGCCAUGUUGGGUAGUGUCGGUGAAAAAAGUGUAUGUUCGUAGAGAAAAACUCGCAGAUAUUUGUGCUUGUGUUGUGCAAUUUGUUAAGUGUUUGACAUAAUUUGGAUUAUGACCGCCAUCGCGGAGAACCUGAACUGGGGCACCGAGCUCUGGGACCAGUAUGACAACUUGUCUCUGCACACGUUGAAAGGAAUAGACUUUUUGGAAAAGUAUGGACAGUUCGUUAGGGACAGAGCUACUAUAGAAUGUGAAUAUGCUUCAAAAUUAAGGAGACUAGUCAAAAGUUAUCAGCCUAAGAAAAAGGACGAAGAUGAUUACCAAUUUACUUCCUGCAAGGCUUUUCGAGCCUUAAUGAACGAAGUAAACGACUUGGCAGGUCAGCACGAGUUAGUUGCUGAAGAUUUACAAGCGAAUGUGAUAAAGGAGUUGACGGCGCUAGUGAAAGAUUUAAAAGAAGAAAGAAAAAAACAACUCCAGGAAGGCUUACGACUGUCCCAAACUCUACAGGCUCAAAUCGAAGCUCUACAAAGGGCGAAAAAAGCAUACGACAAAGCAUACAGAGAAUCGGAAAAGGCGAUAGAAAGUUUUCAGAAAGCAGAUGCGGAUUUUAAUUUGUCUAGGGCCGAAGUCGAGAAACAGAGAUCGAACAUGUCACAUAAAACACAAGCUUGCGAUUCCGCGAAAAACGAAUACGCACAGCAGUUACAAAGGACGAAUGAACUGCAAAGGCAACAUUUUAGGUCUGGAUUACCAGAAGUUUUUAGGCAACUCCAAGAAUUAGAUGAGAAAAGGAUAAAGAACAUAAAGAAUUUCUUUCGCGCGUCCGUCGACAUCGAAAGAAAUGUCUUUCCUAUUAUUAAUAAGUGUUUAGACGGUAUCCUUAAGGCUGCCGAUAUAAUUAACGAAAAAGAAGAUACAAUGUUAGUGAUAGAAAAAUUCAAAUCCGGUUUUCAACCUCCCGAGGAUUUUCCCUUCGAAGAUUUGUCGAAAGGCGGUAGUGAUUCCGGUAGUGCUAAUAACAUAAACAAUAUUCCAGCUAGUGGUAAAGUAAAAGAAGGAAGUUAUACGGUGAAGGGGACGAUAACCAAUAAGGCGAUGAAGAAACGGACCGGAAUCUUCCACAUAUUCGGCAGUCGAGGGAACGCCGCUAUUUCCGACGGAAAGGAGGACUUAAGCGAGUUGCCGCCCAACCAGAGGCGGAAAAAGCUGAUGCUCAAAGUGGAGGAGCUCAAAAAUAAAGUUGCUCAAGAGACGGCCACCAGAGACGGACUCAUGAAGAUGAAGGGAGUGUACGAGGCCAAUCCGGCGCUGGGAGAUCCUAGGACUGUCGAAAGUCAGCUAAAUGAGUGCAGCCAUCGUUUGGAUAAGCUACAGCAGGAUCUAGCGCGGUACCAAGCUUUCCUCGAGGAUACUAUCAAGGGUAUCCAAUCGGGACAUAAUAAUUCUCUUACAAAUUCUCCUAGGUUAUUGAACGGUUCCAGGCGUCGGAAUUCCGGAGGAAGUGCCGCAGAAGAAGAGUCGUUAAGUAGAUCAGCCAGUGAUAGCAGCGUAAAUCAUAAUAACCACAAUAAUCACAACCACAGCAAACCUUCAGCACCUGGAACACCACAGAUGAACAACCACGGUUGUUCCAAUAGUCCCGAAAGUGGCCUGGGCACGUCGCAUACCUCCCUGCCGGGCGCUGACUCCGACCCUGACCAGUAUGAUGGCAACGGCGGCGAAAGCGAGUACUACGAAGCCGACUUGCUGCCAUCUAUCGGCACCUGCAAAGCGUUGUAUCCAUUCGAAGCCACGAGUGAGGGCAGCAUCCCGAUGUCGCAAGACGAAGAGCUCCACCUUAUCGAGCUAGAUCAAGGUGACGGUUGGACUAGAGUGAGAAGAAUGCUAGGUGAUUUGGAAGAAGGUUUUGUGCCAACAUCAUAUAUAGAAUACACGUUGUUCAAUACUUAAUUGCAAACAGAAACGUUGAUAGCAAAAAGGGUGGUAACUUAAAAGUGUCGAAGAGCAUCAAUUUUUUGAAAUUGAGUAUAUUUUUGUAAAUUAUUUAUGCAAUAUUUAAAGAAAUGGUUGUUGGACGGUUAGAGUUUUGUAGAAGGUUAAAUGCAUUUUGUUAUGAGUAUUUAUUUUGUGUAUAUUCGGUGAUUUCCACCAGAACCUGAUGGAAAAUAUAAAUAAAUCCACGAUCGAUGUUUCGGCGUCAAUAAAACUGUCAUCAUAAUAAUUUAUUUAUUAUUAUAACUAUUUCCUUGAAACAAGGAUUUAAAUUUCCUAUUUUGAAUGUCUUAAACUUUACUUAACCGAUUUCUUGUAUGCUCUUGUAUACGUUCCUAAAGUUUCUCCUUCUUUGUCCUAUGUAAAUAUUAUGAAUUUACAAGCUGUUUUAGGAAGUUUAAAAGUUAUUUAAACCUUACAUUGGACAAACAGGAAGAACUUUUAGAAAAGUUCAUUGAAACACAAAAGAAGAGAUUUCACGUGUGCAUUUGUGACAUUUCAGCAAAAUCAUAGCUUUACAAUGGUAACUGGUAGUCGAGUAUGUUCUUCUUUUUUCCUAUCUAUCCUUUACCGAAUAUUGUUAAUCAUUUUGACACUAUUUUUAUUUACAUCGCUUUGAAGAGCCUUUUGAUGCAUUUUGUCAAGUUCUUUAGAUAAAAUAUUUCCUAUUUUCAACGCUUUACCAUCACGUGCGAAAAAUACAUUGCUAAGAAACAAUCGUCGUGAAUUUAUUGAUGCGUUUUUGCAUUUGUCUAUAUUUUUAUUUAUUCAGCAUUUUUUUAAACCUAAAAAUGACCAGUGAAUUUUUAUCUUGAUUCCUAAUCGAACCUUCUACGAAAUCCUCGAAUCCCAUGCAAUAUUUUUUUCCGUUUUAUUGUAUAUUUACAUAUUUUUAUAAACUGUAGUAGAUAAUCG